GCGUUCGAAGCGAGAACAGAAUACAGGAAAAACAACUCGAAGGCCGAGAGAGUUGAUGAAAGCUUCGUGGGCGGCAAGUGACAAUCGCAAACGAAGACGUGGUAGAAUAAACAACCGGCGGCAGCAACGGUCUUUCGAAGGCGUGGGAGAGGAGGAGGGGGAGGAAGAGGAGGUUGAGGAAGAGGAGGAGGAGGAGGAGGUUGAGGACGAGGUUAGGGAGGAGGUUAGGGAGGAGGCCGAGGAAGCCGAGGCUGAGGAGGUGGUUGAAGAGGAGGUCGGGGAAGAGGUUGAAGAGGAGGCUGGAGAAGAGGUUGGUAACGAGGCUGUGAACGAGGUUGGGGAGGACGUUCAGGAGGAUGGGGAGGAAUUUGAGAAGGAGGACGGGGAGGAGGUUGAGAAGGAGGAGGAUGGGGAGGAGGUUCAGGAGGAGGAGGAGGAGGUUGAGGAGGACGUAAGAGAUGAGGUUAGGGAGAAGGUUUACAAAGCUGAGUUUGAGGAGGAUGUUGGAGAAAAGGCGGUUGAGGAAGGGAUUGGAAAAACGGUUGGGGACGAGAUUGGGGAGGUUGAGGAGGAGGAAGGGGAGGAGGUUGGGGAGGGGGAGGAGGUUGGGGAGGCAGAGGUUCUGGGGAGGUUUGAGGAGGAGGUUGAGGUGAUAGUUGAGAAGGUUGAUGUAAUUGUGAUUGAGGAGAAUAUUGAGGAGGAGGUCGAUGAGGACGAGGAGAAGAGCAGCGGAGAAAACAAUACGGAAGAUUGCGAGGAAGUGUGCAAGGAGGCAAAAGAGGAUGAGACUAUUUUUACUGAGUGUAAGAUCAAUUGUACUAUAUAUGGGUGGUCCUAUGCCGCGAGUUCAGUUGUGUUGCGCACCAUUUCUCGAAAUCCUAGAAUGCGCCGUGCUGUGACUUCCAUGCCAUUUCAGCAAUUGGACGAUGAUGAUGAAGCUGACAAAGAGCAUAGAGAAAAAAAGGAGGAAGAGGAAUACAACAAAGGUGUACAUGAUGAAGAGGAAAAUGAUGGGGAUGAAGUUGGUAAAGGGCAAGCUCACCAAGAGGAGGGUGCUGCAGAGAAAGAGAAAGAAGAGGAAAUGGAAGAAGAAAGCUGUGAUGAAAAGGAAGGGGAUAAAAAUGAAAGUGAUGAAGUCGAAAGGUAUGAAGUGUCGAGCGAUGAAAAAGAUAGAGAAGAACACGAUGCAGAGCGAGAAGAUGAAGGGGAUGAUGAUGAUAAAGACGAAGGGGAUAGUGAUGAAGAGGAAGGGGAUGAAGAGGAAGGUGGUGAAGUCGAAAGGGAUGAAGUGCCGAGCGAUAAAGAAGAUAUAAAAGAGCACGAUGCAGAACGAGAAAAGAAACAUUAUUUUGAGAAGGCAGUUGACGAAGGAGAUGAUGAUGAUAGAAACGAAGAUGAAAAAGAAAAACGAAGAAUUUACGAUGCGGCAUUGGAAGAUGAAAAAAGACAAGCAACUUUUUUCGAGCACAAUUCCUUGCAUUCUGAAACACACUAUGGUAGUAGAGAUGCUGCAUGUAAACAAUCACUACGAGAACUAAAAGGGAAAAGGAAGCAAAGAGACGAAGACACAGCGGAGGACAAGGAAAGUGUUGAGAACAGCGAUGAUGCGGAAAUUCUUCCUGGACCAGAGGAUGUAAAUGAAGAAAAUAUAGUUUUCUUGUCAGAAGCGUCGAAAGCAGAGGAGCACAUGGAAGAUGUACAAAGCCCCAGAAGUGAAAACACUCCUCAUAGGAAAAGUAUAGCCGAUGUUGAGGGACAUGAGGGACAUGCAGUGCAUGCAGGGGAUGAAAGUAGGUUAGAGAGAAGCGCACGCUCUUCUCGAGGGAGAAAUGAAAAUAUGAUGGAAGCUUCGGUACGAUCCAGUGAAGAAGAAGAGGGAGAAAAGGGAAUAAAGAAUGCAGAUGUAGAAGACAUUACGGGUAUAUGUCCACACUAGAAGACCGACGAUCCUACUUUAACGACGCUAAGAAAAUUAAUCAGAGUGAUCAUGACAUCGUGAGUGAUCAUUUAGAGCUGGCGUCAGAUAAAUAUGCAUUUGACAA